UGCAGCAGAGCAGACCUGACCGUAGCUCGGCCCCACACACAGUCCGUUUGUCUGCCUGUCUGUGUGCCUGUCUGUCAGUCUCUCUGUCUGUCUGCACGGACAUUAGACGCUCAGUGAUCUCGCACACACGGCCAUGAGCUCGGUGUUUUUGCUCCUCGUGCAUCCAGAGAGCAUCUGCAGCUGAAAUCUGUGAGGUCGGUCCUGGGAGCGGAGGAGGAGCAGCACUGCAGCAGACAUGCCGGGCCUGCUGUACAUCACACUGACUGCCCUGCUGGCCUGCUUCGAUGCCUUCAGAGUGGGUUCAUCCCAGAGGGUCAUCCCCCUCAGCGCCCCCGGGGCUCGUCUUUUCCAGGAUGAAGGCCCAGCCCAGGCACACUUCGUCCAGGAAUUAAUCAGAACCAAACGCUACUCAGUCCCAGAGUUAGUGCGGGUCCAGCCUCAUUUGGUUCACGACAUGGGCCGGCCGGAAAUACAUGAAACAUCCCGGUCCCAGGACAAAAUGGAGUCUGAUAACUCCUCCCAGAUAAACCCUCCACCCUCCGCAGGUCAGGAAGUAGUGAGGACCCGCCCUGCUGUGGAGGAAAACCGUGGUGUAGUAGACGAGAUGGAGCGUAUGGUUCAUCUGGUGGUUCCUCAGGAUGCAGAAGGCUACAGGGGUAGUCCAGACUCCAGCGACCGAGACAAGGAGCUCAUUGGUGGGCCAGGAGCUGCCGAUGCCUCCCUGGAGGCCUCCGGCUUCUUCGGGACAGACAUGGAGGACAGAGACAGAGGAGAGGAAGGAGGAGAGGACCGUGAGAGGAGAGGGGGAGAGGAGGAGUGGGAGAGAUCCAAGGGAGAGGACAGAGAGAGAGGAGGGGGAGAAGCCAGAGGAGAGGAAGAAGAGAGGGGAGGAGGAACAGACGAUCAAGACCUCCAUGUGUUUGAUGCCAACCACACGACUCCAGAUCUGGAUGCUCUGAUUGGCUACAGUCCAUCCUUUGAGCCCAGCGUCUCCUCCCCAGCUGAGGUGCAUGAUUCUGGGCUACAGGAGCACCGUGCAGCCCCCGUCCUGGAGGUGGAUCCUUUAGAGAGAGAGUUGUGGGAGGCAGAGGGGGAGGAAGGCGGUCAUUCAAGUGGCUACGGAAUCCUUCACUCCUCUAUCAUUACGACUAGUACUACCAUUACAACUUCUACUGCUGCUGCUGCUGCUGCUGCUGGAGUCGCUGCAGGAACAUCCACCCCUGAGACGGACACUGGCACAGACUUUGGGCUGCUGGGAAGUUACACAAAAGUCUCUGCAGAGGAGACAGAGGAUGAAGAGACAGAGAGGGAGGAGGAGGAGGUGGAAGAAACGGGUCUUUCACAAAAAGGCGAUUUUACCCAGAAUCCCACAGCAGCAGAGGUUGGCAUGGCUCCCAGCAGAGAGCCUCUGCAGCCCAGCGUGGAGGAAGAGGAGGAACACCAGUUAAAAGGGGCUAUUCUGCCAGACAGAAGUGAAGAGAUGGAGGAGGAGGAAUGGAGAAAAAUGGACGGUGUCACAGAGCUCCAUGAUGUUGAUGAGAUGGAGGAAGCACGGCAGGUGGUGUGUGUGGAGUGGAGCGAGCUGGUCGGACGUGGGUAUGUUGUCCUCAACAUGACGCAAAACCUAAACUGUGAAGAGUUUCGCAUGGAUCAGGGUGUACGGUUGUUGAAGGUCAUGGAGCGCGUGUUCGCUCGAAGAAUGAACAGCCCUGAGGGAUCAUGGUUAAUCUCUCUCAGCAAACCUACACACCAGCAACACCAGCUGCUGAUGAACGUGGCGUCUGAGCGCGGAGUGAUAGCCACCAAGGAUGUGCUGGGCAUGCUGGGAGAAAUCAGGAAAAAUUUAAAUAAGCUGGGCAUCCAGAACUACAGCUCUGCCAGCAGCUGUCCAUCUCGCCCCAGUCAGACACGCAGCGACUACGGGAAGCUGUUCGUGGUUCUGGUGAUCAUCGGCUCCAUCUGCAUGGUCAUCAUCACAUCUGGAGUCAUUUACAUCUGCUGGCAGCGACGACUGCCUGAUACCAAGACUACAUUUCGCAAUGACGAACUUCACUUUGUGGAGAAUGGUUGCCACGACAACCCAAUGCUGGACGUAACCAAUGACAACCAGUCUGAGAUGCAAGAGAAGAAGCCGAGCACCAAUGGGCUCGCAGGAGGGGGAGGAGGAACGGGAGGAGUAACUGGAGCAGGAAGAGGAGGGGGAGGAGGCGGGGAGGAGAGCAGUCGCUGGCAGGUCUUUGUCAAUCAGGCCGUGACUGAGGAGGAAGAAGAGGAGGAGCAGGACACACAUCUCUGAUGGAGGAAGAGGAAGAGGGGACAGGUUAUGAAGGUCUUUGAUAGACAGGUGAUAAAUGGAGCCUACAGGAAAGAAUAAGAAGAACAUGGAGAGAAAACAGAAGAGCAAUGAGGAGGAUAAAUGGUGGAGAGGAGAGGAGGACGAGACAGAAAAGAAAAGUAGUUGAUAGGAGUUCAAAGAUUUAACGAGUGAGUAAACGAUGUGUUGUCCAGUGAGAGUUAAUGAGGCUCAUCGGAGGUGAGCAGGAGGAGUUACUGACAUCUUCCUGGAUAUUAGACACCAGGGUUUAUUUCAUGCUUCAAAUUUAAAUUCAUAAAAAGAUCAUUAACUUGGUGAUCUCUUCAAAAGUUCUGGGAAGGUUAAGCCUUUCAUAAAGCUGCAUAUCCUUACUUGAUGUUAGAUAAUGUCACCAUCUAGUGAGUGUGCCUUAUGCUUUCAACUUUUUGCACGAAAAAAAAAAUCAUGAUACCAGCGACACAAUCAUAGCAUAGAGCACCUUCCUCCACCGCUAACGUUUGAAUGUAAAGGAGGCUUCAAAGUCUGAAGCGUCCACAGCUGCAGCAGCAUCAUCAUUGGCUAAAACGUAUUUACGGACUCUAAUAUAAUUACUAAUAUUUCCCACCUGAUGUAGGUGUAAUUCUUACGAGAAUCAGUGCUUGAAUGCUGCAGUAAAUGCUAAAGCGCAUUUACUGAAAUAUAUAUAAUAACUACAACUUUCUGAUUUUUGUUUUGCUGCAUUUAUUAAAACUGUACAUGUACUGCUAUUAUUUUAAAUACAAAAUUUGUGAUGAGCCUACAAACAAAAGUGCAGAUGAAACUACUCAAUAGUAUUUAAAGUAUUUCAAAUAUUUAAUGAUUGACACAAUCUACAGUCCAAUGAUAAAGGAUUUUAACACAUUAAGGCCUCUCUCAUGAUAAUAAUCAAGUGACACUUUCACAGAUUCGUUUUUUGCAGGUACUUUUAUUUUUGAUACUUCAACUACAUUUUUCUACAAACACCUCUUUACUUUUUCUUAUUGAUAUUUACUUAACUAUUGUACCAAUAUUUUACAAAUGAUACUUUACACUACACAAUUUAUUUAAAGUUUACAAUUACUGUUAUUAACUGAUCACUCAUAAUUAUUACUAAUAUGUUACAUUCAAAACGUAUGAUGAGCUUAAAGGAGCCCUAUUAUGCUUUUGGGAUUUUCCCUUUCCUUGAGCAAAAUAGUGACAUCACGAUGUAAUAUUCACUCCUAUUGGCUAGCGUUCCAAGAAAUAGUAAGUACAUCUCUAAGCAGUUGACCAAUCACAACAGAGCCAGCCAGCUAACCAAUCAGAGCAGUCUGGGCUCUGGUUUCAGACACAGGGUGAAAAGAGGAGCUCCAGUACAGGCAGUAUGAGAAAAAUAAAGAGCUUUUUGAACAUUAAAGCAUAGAGACAUGUCCCAGUAGAGGAGCAAAAUACAAAUAUGAACCUGAAAUUGCAACAGUAUUUUAAGUAUCGCCAAUACUCUUUUUUUAAAUUAGAAAAGAGUUGUUCAUUUAACAAAAGUCAAAGAAAACAUCUGUGGAUUUAACAUAAAACGUCUAACGCUGACAGUCUCAAAGUAUAUUAGGGAAUAUCUUCAAGUUAUUAAAACUUCAGAGAUGUUCAGUAGUUCAUCCCCAAUGUCUGACCCAGGAGGAAACAGUGACUCCUCCUAGCUUCUCCUCCAAACAGGAUGUACAACCUGUAGCAGCUUUGAGAGUAAGGUUUUGGCACUUUAUCGAUUCCUCUUGGAAAUGGCGACUAUCAUCAAUGAAAUGCUGCAUAAUGUUAAAUGUAUUACAUACAGUGACUGAGAUAUCUCUAUUUUGCUCAUAGGAAUGGGUGUAGCCACUGAGAAUCUUUACUCUUCAAUCAGUCAUGUGACGACUAUGAGUCAUGUUAUCCUUUCUUCCUGUUAGCCUGAUAUGCUUUUUCAAUAGUGCUGCAAUGGCUGCUGUACGCUACAGGCUUUUCCUCGAGGCGAUGACACAUGGGCAACAUUAACAGGCAAACAGCAUGAAAAAAAAAACUAGUAACAGUGUUGAAGUCAAGUAAACAUACCAUAAUCCUGAGUCGAGACCCGAGUUGUUAAUGUUUUAAUGUUAAAUGUUGAAGUUUGAGUCUCUUAAACCAUAUUUAAGUCAAGGAAAGAACACUUAGUAAUCAACACAACAACAGACACCAAACGUGCUUAUAAGCAACCUUAUUGUUCUUACAAACAUUUUUAAAGAAAAGUAUUUUAAAGUAUUUUAAACAUGUCAAGCAAAGGUAAGGAGUCCAGGUUAAGUAUGCCUUGCAACUAAGUCCAAUCUUGCAGGGCAUGGAAGGCAAACUGAAUCUGAAGAUCGAUAAUGAUUUCACAUGUAAAUGACUUUACCAUACUGACAAAAAUGUACUUUGGACUAAUAUUUUUUUCAAUAAAUACAAUCAUGUCUAAAGUUGUGAGCAUGCCUUCGUCACUGCAGUUUGACUGAUACACAUUUAAAUCUAAAUUAUCUCGAAAAUCAUCAAAUGUCUGACUUGUAUGGCACUUCAAAAGUUCUGGGUACUGUUAAUAAAAUGCUGACUAGUUACCAAACAGCACAUACUGUUAUGACACUCAUCAAAUGGGCAGAAAACUGUUUCAUUAACUGAAAUGGAGAGAGACAAUUGAUAGCAUCUAUAUUAACAUCUGUAUUUCUUUUACUUUAGUUUCUGCAGUUGUGACUCUCCAUUCCUGUUACAGGUGUUGCCCAUCUGCAUUUGAUCAAUAUGUUGCCUGUGUUUCAGCUCUUUUACUCUGACUUUUCUCAUUGUAACAAUAUGUAUGGCUUCACUAUAAACUAUGCUGGGUGAUAUGCACUUUGUCAGCUGAGCCCAAUAUAGGGAACGUUCAGGAACUCACAAUUGUCUAUUCUGAAUGACUCCCUGCUACAGAUGAUCUGCUUCUGAGAGCAAAGUGAAGGGAUCUUGUCCUCCACUGGGAAACAGAAUAAAUGAGCAUGUAGCUUUCAGCACUGCAGCGAGCACUAAUAUAACAUACAAAAGAAACAUAACGCUGUAAUUUUUGUUUGCUGAAAAGCCUGAAUAAGAGAGUUUGAACGAGAGAAAUUGUGUUGCUUUUUGCUAUAAGCAAUCAACUUAACGCUUAGCAGAUUCUGAUCACUUGUACCCUACCUUCUAUUUUUUAUAGAUAUUUUUUUUUCAAGACAUAUAUUUCAAAAUGGAGCAACUGUCACAAAGAAUAACCCCCUUGGAUAAAUAAAGUAUUCUGAUUUUGGUUCUGAGGAUUUAAAAUAGUUUUCUCAGAUGUUUUUUUCCUUUACAGAAUCUGAUAGAAAGCCACAUGUGUGUUUGCAUAUGUUAGCAAGUGAAUAGCCAUUCAGUUGUAGCAAGAAACAAUGACCCUUCGUCUGAAUAAAGACAACAACAUUAGUUUCCUGGUCACUUUUGUAACUAGGUUUUUGUCAAACUUUUUGUUGAGUAUUUAAUCAUCCACUCCAAUUUUUUUUAUUUCUGUUAAUUUAUUUUACUUAGGGUUUUAUAUGUAUGUAUGUCUCACUCAUUUGGUUGUCUGUGUAAUAAGUUAAAUGUGAGAAAUAAAGUUUGGAGAAAUUGCGAUUACAUCAUUUCUUGGUCCUGUAACCCUGCACGUUUUGAUUGGUUGAGACUACAAAAUAAAUA